AUGGCCGGACGAGGUCGAAUGCCCUCCCGGCACGCCUUUCACGAUGGCGGUCGGCGUGCGGCUUACCCCGACGUACACGACGGCAAUCCCUUCCCACGCGGCGGGCCCCCGCCGCCUCGACCGCCUCCACCGGCGGUAUACGAGGAGGAGAUCGAAUUCCAGAUGGGGGAGAUAAGGAGGCUCGUGGGGGAUAACCGCAGGCUUGUGGACAAUUGCGCCGGCCUGCAGCGGGAGUUGGCCAUGGCCAAGGAUGAGAUCCACCGCUUGAACAUCUUUAUCGGAGACAUUCGAGCUGAUAAGGAUGCACAAAUUAGGGAUCUGAUAGAGAAAGGCAUGAAAGUGGAGGCUGACCUCCGUGCGGCAGAGCCCCUUCGGAACGAAGUGGCACAGCUUCGUGCCGAUCUUCAGAAGCUAAAAUCUCUACGGCAGGAGCAGGUGCAGGGGCUGACGCAGGAGCUCUCAAGAUCUCAGGCCGAUGCUAAGCAGGCGCAUGCCCUCAAGGGCGAGAUCGAUGGUCUCAGGCAGGAGCUUAUGCGUGUCAGGUCAUACCGACUUCGUUUAUAUCGUGUCCUUCUCGUCGUUGACUUUUCAACUCCCUCUUCCGGAUUCACGUGUAAAUUUGACGGUCUUUUGUUUAUCUUUUUCAGGACCGCAUUAGAGUAUGAGAAGAAGGGGAAUGCAGAACUGGUCGACCAGAGGCAGGCAAUGGAGAAGAACUUGGUUUCCAUGGCUCGUGAGCUUGAGAAGCUGCGUGCAGAACUAGCAAGUGGUGAACCAAGAAACUGGGGCGCAGGUACCUUGCUAUAUUUCUAAAGCUUGUUUCUGAUCUCCAAUUUUUUUGUUUCGAUGACUGUGGUCAUUUUAAAGUCUAUGGGGUAAGCUUGAUUUUGAUUACAAUACACUGCUUUAAAGUGCACCCUCUUACCCGCAAGUCUGUUCUAAGUAGUCUUUAUAACGACAUCCAACAAGCUGAUAACAUUACUUAGUUUUUCCAUUUUGUCACUUAUUGGACGCAUAUGAUGCGUAGAUUGUUCUAGUAGUUAAUAUCAUGUGUCACCGAGACCUGACUAUGUUGAUUUAUUUUCGUAGGUGGAGCUUACGGAGUAAAACUCAACAGUCCUGAAGGGGGCUUUCCUCCAUUUGGUGAUGGAUAUGGUCUUCACUCGGUAUGGCUCAAAAUUUUAGAGCGGUAGUAAUCGCUCAUGAGUCCGAAUGACCGUGACUAGGUGUCUUGCCCUUGUUUGAGGAUUUAAUUCAUUUAGUUUAUCACUCAAUUACUUCUCAGGGUGCCGCAGAUAAAGGUCCUUUAUACGGCAUGGGCCAAGGUUCUUGGGGAGGAUACGAGAAGCCUCGCCUUCCUAGGCGCUGA